AUGCCCAGCCUUCCUCUGCUGCUGCUGCUACUCUGGGGCGUGGGGUCUCACGGCUUCCCAGCAGUGCCUUCAGAAACAGAAGAGCAAGAUGCAGAGAUUGUCCAGAAAUACCUGGAAAACUACUACAACCUGAAGAGUGAUGGCAAGCAAAUUGAAAAGAAGAGACACGGUAGCAACCCAGUGGUGGAAAAACUGAAGCAAAUGCAGGAAUUCUUUGGGCUGAAAGUGUCUGGGAAGCCAGAUGCUGAAACCCUGAAGGUGAUGAAGCAGCCCAGAUGUGGGGUGCCCGAUGUGGCUCAGUUUGCCAUCACUGAAGGGAACCCUCGAUGGAAGAACACACACCUGACCUACAGGAUUGAAAAUUACACACCAGAUUUAUCAAGAGCAGAUGUGGACCAGGCCAUCGAAAAAGCCUUUCAACUCUGGAGUAAUGUCUCACCCCUGACCUUCAGCAAGGUCUUUGAGGGUCAAGCGGACAUAAUGAUAUCCUUUGUCAGGGGAGAUCACGGUGACAAUUCUCCCUUUGAUGGACCUGGAGGAAACCUUGCUCAUGCUUUUCAACCAGGCCCAGGUCUUGGAGGGGAUGCUCAUUUUGAUGACGAUGAAACGUGGACCAGCAAUUUCAGAAAUUACAACCUGUAUCGCGUUGCGGCUCAUGAAUUGGGCCAUUCCCUUGGACUCGCUCAUUCUACUGAUAUUGGGGCUUUGAUGUACCCCAGCUACACCUUCAGUGGUGAUGUUCAGCUAGCUCAGGAUGACAUCAAUGGCAUCCAGGCCAUAUAUGGACCUUCCCAAAAUCCCAUCCAGCCAACUGGCCCACAGACCCCACAGGUGUGUGAUAAUAAGCUGACCUUUGAUGCUAUAACUACAAUUCGGGGAGAAGUGAUGUUCUUUAAAGACAGGUUCUACAUGCGCACAAAUCCUUUCUACCCAGAAGUUGAGCUCAAUUUCAUUUCUCUUUUCUGGCCACAACUGCCAAAUGGACUCCAAGCUGCUUAUGAGGUUGCUGAUAGAGAUGAAGUCCGGUUUUUUAAAGGUAAUAAGUACUGGGUUGUUAAGGGUCAAGACAUGCUCUACGGAUACCCCAAGGACAUCCACAGAUCCUUUGGCUUCCCUAGAACUGUGAAGAAUAUUGAUGCUGCUGUUUCUGAGGAAGAUACUGGGAAAACAUACUUCUUUGUUGCUAACGAGUGCUGGAGGUAUGAUGAAUAUAAACGAUCCAUGGAUGCAGGUUAUCCCAAAAUGAUAGCAGAUGAAUUUCCUGGAAUUGGUGACAAAGUUGAUGCUGUUUUCCAGAAACAUGGAUUUUUUUAUUUCUUUCACGGAACGAGGCAAUACAAAUUUGAUCCUAAAACUAAGAGAAUUUUGACUCUCCAGAAAGCUAAUAGCUGGUUCAACUGCAGAAAAAAUUGA